GAGAAACCAUAUAAAUGCAUGGAGUGUGGAAAGACCUUUGCUCUGAGCAGUACACUUACUUCCCAUGAAAGGAUCCACACAGGGGAGAAACCAUAUAAAUGCAUAGAAUGUGGAAAGACCUUUGCUCGUAGCUGUACACUUACUUCCCAUGAAAGGAUCCAUACAGGGGAGAAACCAUAUAAAUGCAUGGAGUGUGGAAAGACAUUUACUCAAAGAGGUCAACUUAUUUUCCAUCAGGUGAUCCACACAGGGGAGAAGCUGUAUAAAUGCAUGGAGUGUGGAAAGACCUUUGCUUAUAAUAGUGGACUUAUUAUCCACAAAAAGAUCCAUACGGGGGAAAAGCAGUAUAAAUGCAUGGAGUGUGGAAAGAUCUUUGCUUAUAGCAGUGGACUUAUAAGCCACAAAAAGCUCCACACAGGAGAGAAAUCAUAUAAAUGCAUGGAGUGUGGAAAGACCUUUGCUCAUAAAUCUAAUCUUAUUUCCCAUAAAAGAAGCCACACAGGAGAGAAGCCAUAUAAUUGCAUGGAGUGUGGAAAGACCUUUGCUCGUAGAUAUAAUCUUACUUCCCAUGAAAGGAUCCACACAGGGGAGAAACCAUAUAAAUGCAUGGAAUGUGGAAAGACCUUUGCUCACAGAGUUAUUCUUAUUUCCCAUAAGAUGAUCCACACAGGAGAGAAACCAUUUAAAUGCAUGGAGUGUGGGAAGACCUUUGCUUAUAGUAGUGGACUUACUACCCACAAAAAGCUCCACACAGGAGAGAAACCAUUUAAAUUAAUGGAAUGUGGAAAGACCUUUGCUCAAAGAGGUCAUUAUUUCCCAUAAGAUGAUCCACACGGGGGAAGCCAUAUAAAUCCAUGGAAUAUUGAAAGGUUUACUCAGAAUGGUCAUCUUAUUUCUCAUAAAAGGAUCCACACUCAGGAGAAACUAUAUAGCAACAGCAAUUCCACUUAGACUUACAUACCACUCCAUAAUGCUUUACCACACUCUGAGCAGGUUACAGAGUCAGCAUAUCAUCCCCAGCAAUCUGGGUCCUCAUUUUAGCAACCUCCGAAGAAUGAAAGACUUAAUCAACCAUGAGUCAGUCAGGGUUAAACUCCCGGCUGUGGGCAGUUAGCCUGUAGUACUGCAUUCUAACCACUGACCCACCAUGUCUCUACAUUUGUAUGUGUGUGCAUAUUUUGCCUUUCUGAUCCAAAUGAGACAAGGUUGAAUCCAACAAAAUGAAA